AUGGGCCUGGGCCCAGGUCCUGUGGCUGGGCACCCGAUAUGGCCUAUCAGAUUGUGGCUGAGGCGACCCCUAUUACCACCUCAAGUUGGCCUGCCCGGUUGCUAUUCCCCCAUCUUUCUCCCGUCCACAAACUCUACCCUGGCGCGGCGCGUCCGCGCUUUCGCUCAACGUCUCGGCAAACAGUCUGGGGUACUGGAGCAGACCAACAGCCAACAAUACUUGCAACCAGAAUCCUCACGAGGGGCUCUUUCCAACAAAGUUGUGAUAUCGGAACAAGAAAGUCAGCGAGAGGGCGAUAAAGGAGAUGGGAAAGAACUACCCUGGAUACCGAAGGGUCUGUCUUCAGCAAUUUGGGUUACAUGUCUGAUACCCAAAAGAGAAACCUGCGACGUUUUGAUCAGCGCCUAUUUCAGGACUUUCGGAUCAGUUUCCGACAUUCUUGAGAUUCAGAGCUUCCUCGACAAUCACAAUCAGUUCUGGGAGAAUCGUGGAUCUUCGGCGACAAUACUAGAUAACCUCUUCGUCUCCAAGCUGUUGCUGGUUUUCGCUUUAGGAUCUAGUACUCGGUAUGGUCAGCAGACGGAAGACUUCCAAGGCUCCGGGUUAGCUUGGGCUACGUCUUUACAGCAUCGCGUAAGGCUGUGGUUCGACAAGGCGGAAGAUCUGAUAGCUCAGCAAAUGCAGCCCGGCCCAUUGAGCGACCUCAACGUGGCCCAAGGUCUUUGUCUACUCGCCCUAGCCCGACACAUCAGUGCCAUACAUUCGCCCAAGGCUCAACUAUUUGAACCCUCGCGAAGCCUUGGCAUGGUGCCGAUUGGGAUGCAAAUGGGCUUGUACCGAGAUCCGAGACAGCGGUGUCCUUCGAUGCCAACAACGGAACUCGAACUCAGAAGACGAUUGUGGGCCACCAUGCUCGAGUUGUCACUACAAUAUUGUUUUGAUCGGGGGCUUCCGGCGCCGAUUUCUCCUGAAGACUUCGACUGUGAGCCGCCAUCUUGCGGUGUAAAUACCCCCAAUCUGGAGAGAGUGUCGACACCUUUCUCGCCGUCAACGGCACUGAGAACACUGGCGCAAUACAACGACUUAGGAUUCGAAUCUUGAAACUUCUCAGCGUCCCAGAGUCGUCAAGGGACUCUGAGCAAAGCAUUCGACUGGGGAAUGACUUGAUGAAGUCUUGGCGUAAUAAAACCAAACCCCCGGAACCCGAAAGUUCCUACCCAGCAAGUUUCCAGAGGAAGCUAGUGGAUUCAUUCACUCUUCCAUUCGUAUUGUGUCGCAGCGCCACACGUGGCGCUGCCGGUUACUGC